CAUAUUCAAACCUCAUAAAUUUAUGAUACAGUACGAAAAUCACGGCCGAAAUUAUUGCUAGGUUCGGGCUGUUUAUCGUUUGUUGUCGCUUGCAUAAUCUCCCCAAGAAUCUGUCGACUUCUGGGUUUCCACUGCCCCACCAUGAUACCCUUCCAGGGGGAGCACAGAUGGACCUUUCAGAGCCCCUGGGGGCUGACCUUCCGCCAGGAGCAGCUCCCAAACUCACCGCUUACGGUUAAGGGGAACGUCAGAAUCAAGCCCUACACUCCGCGGGGGGGACGGAACGGGGAUGUGAUAAUAGACUUGGACAUGAAGAUGAGCCACCGGGACGUGCAGAGUAUGAUUGAAAUCCAGGCUGUCACGGAUGGAGUGGUUAUCAGGACAAAGCCACAAGGAUCUUGGUCGACGUUAUCCUGUCUCACUAUUGCCGCUACUAUUUCUAUUCCGCUAACUAACCCCCAUAUCCGGGGUGCUGGGGUUUAUACCGAGACUCUGGGAAUCACGGUUGAGCCGAGCUGUGACUUGGUGACUGAGUUGCUUGAGUUGAAGACGGUCGCUGGCGACAUAACACUUAAUAAUUCCUUUGGGGUAGAGGCAUCGGAGCUUAAAAUUUCCACUAUUAGCGGCUCAAUUAAUGGCCAUUUUGGUUUGUUGAAAUCGAUUGAGUUGUAUGCUGCUUCUGGAGCGAUAAAAUCUAGCGUCUUCCCCCUAGAACAUAAACAUACGGACGAUAUAGCGAGCUACAGAGCCACCACAAUCUCUGGCCACAUAGAUACCUCAUUCUCCGACACUAACCUCCCACGGAGGACUUACGAGACUGAAGUUAACACAACAGCUGGGCGCAUCAGGGGCCAAUACCUCCUUGGCCACGCGCUCUCACUAAGGACCACUAGCGGGAGCAUAAGCUCCACCAUCAUUCCGACAGGCGCUCGUAACGCACAGCUCAGCACCGUGUCCUCGCAGGGCAGCACAGAGCUAAGGUUCAAGAGGGGGCUAGGGGCCGGCAGGUUAGGAUUAUUCGCGAAACACGAGGCCAUUUGCGGGAACGUCAACGUGAAGUAUCCGGCGGAUUUUGAGGGGGUGUUGACAGCAUCUACUGUUGCUGGCAGGAUCGCUAUUGGCGGCGAAGGUGUCAAUACUGUUGCUAGCGGCUGGCCGAUUACUAGACGGGUUGAUGGCACGAAGGGGGUUGGGAGGGUGGGGAGAGGAGGAACUAUUGAAGCGGUGGGAACAAGUGGUGGAAUACAAUUGUGGGUUGGUUGAUGAUGAUGUGGUGGAGCGUUUGGAAUGUACAUUUUAAGGUAAGGGGAAGGGGGGGUGAAUGUUUUCUUACUUUUCGGACCUCGCAGUGGUGUUGCUGUUGGAAAAAAGUAGCUAGCAAUCACGGUACCUACCUGCCAUUCAA